AAAUUGUUUAUUUAUAAUAACUAUGCAGAUUGGAUGGAAGACAAAAGCACAAAUGUGAAUGUAGGAAAAGGUGGUGUAAGUGUUCAUACAAGUAAAGAAAAACACAAAGGAACCUCAGUGAAUGUUGGAAAAGGAGGUGUAAAUGUCCAUGCAGGAAAAGGUACUAAUGUCAAUGUUGGUGGUGGAGGAGGAGGAGUUUCAGUAAGUGCAGGUCAUAAGAGAAAAGAAAAACCAGUAACUGUUACAGUUGGUUCAUACUCUCCUUUUGCUUAUAGAUAUGCUGCCACAGAAACCCAAAUACAUGAUGAUCACAAAACAACAUUAUUCUUCUUGGAAAACAAUUUACAUCCUGGAACAAGAAUGCACUUGAACUUCAUUAAAAGCUCAAAUGAAGCCACAUUCAUCCCUCGACAAGUUGCGGAUGCGACACCAUUUUCAUCUGACAAAUUGAAUGAUAUUUUUAAUGAAUUUUCUGUUGAACCUGAGUCAGAAGAAGCUCAUAUCAUGAAAAAUACUAUCAAGGAGUGUGAAGAUGCAAGCAUUGAAGGUGAGGAAAAGUAUUGUGCAACUUCACUUGAAUCAAUGGUUGAUUUUAGUACUUUGAAGCUUGGAAAAAGUGUUAAGGUUGUUUCUACUGUGGUAGAGAAAAAGAAUAUAGGAUUGCAGAAGUACACAGUGAAAUCAGGAGUGAAGAAGUUAGCUUCAGGGGACAAAAUUGUUGUGUGUCACAAACAAAAUUAUCCAUAUGCUAUAUUUUAUUGUCAUAAAACAGAGAACACUAGAGCUUAUUUUGUUCCAUUGGAGACUGAUAAUGGGAUUAGAGUUAAAGCUGUAGUGGUAUGUCACACAAAUACAUCAAAAUGGAAUCCUAAACAUAUUGCCUUUCAAGUGCUUAAAAUUAAGCCAGGGACUAUUCCAAUAUGCCACUUUCUUCCUGAGGAUCACAUUGUUUGGGUUCCAUGUAAUUAGUAUAUUUGAGUGGCAAUAAUAAUUUUAUAUCUUCCUUAAAUAAUGUGCAAUGCCUAGUUAUGUAUUAAGGUAUUUCACAAUGUUUAUAUGUGUAGACUUGGAACAUGGCUUCAUUUGGGUAUUUUUACCAUGAUGCAUUAUGUGUGUAUGAUCUGAUUAGUACUAUUGUUGUGUGAUAUAUACUUGGAGUGAUUUUCAUGUAUUCUUCUUAUUUAGAUGGGCGAAUGUGAAGAAAAAUAAAUUACAUGUUUAAUCUUA